AUGAAGGGCGAACGACUCAGGUCAACAUUCGGCCUGCUUCUGCAGAGCGGCGGCGCCUUCUCAAGGACAGGACAAAUCCGACAACUCCACAAGACACGGCCUGCGCACCCGAUCCCUAAGCCAGUACCUUUUGUCCCCGAUGUACCGACUUUUCUCACCCUAAUCGGCCGCGGCCUCAACAAAUAUGCCAACAAGUUCCCCUCAUGGAAUGCCCUCUUCUCCCUCACCUCGCCGGAACUCAAGGAGCUGGGCAUCGAACCACCAAGAAACCGCCGCUACCUUCUACACUGGAUGCAGAAAUACAGAAAGGGCUCUCUAGGACCUGGUGGAGACUUCCAACAUGUGAAGGAUGGAGAAGCUAUUCUGAGGAUUGCGACACCAUCAGCGAUCUUGAAGGACACGAAAUGGGUUGUUAACGUGCCUCACGAUAUCGCCCCUACGGAGGGUGAAUCUGCCGAAACUUCUCUCAAGACGAGCAAGAAGCCCGCAGCACGGGCUGUAUCACAACUAGUGCGACCAAGCGGAUACAAGGUCGUGGGCGCCCAGACGAUCGCUGGACCUUAUGCCAGGCCUUUGCCUGGCGCUUCAGGAGUUGUUGUAAAGGUUACGGAGGGGAUGUGGGAGGACCGCCAGGGUCGCAAGAUUGACGGUGGUGAGCGCAGAAGGGCCGAGACUCGGUUCAAGAAGAGGUCUGCGGAGCGAAGAGCUGAGCGUGAGGCUGAGAUGUUGGCUAAGAUGUAA